AUGAUGAUCUUGCAAAUUCUGAUCUUAUCCCUCGCUAUCUGCACCUCUGUAGAUAAGCAUAUCGGGCUGUUUCCCAACAUAAUAGGGGGAAAAUUCCAUGACCUUGCGCGACCCUAUCUGGCGGAUAUUAACGUUGACUGCCACAUCAAGAGAGCUGCCUAUGACUUUGCGAAAGAGAUUCAACCGGAAAGAAAGAAUCAUCGCGCAGUUUUUGAUGCGUUGCAGCUUCAGCAAUGUGAUAUGGAGAGACCUCCUGAGGAUGAGCCUCUGACGAUUCCUGAUAUUGAGAACCCUGGAUUUACCAUUUUUGUUGAUGGACGUUCUGGAAAUGACAAGAAUUCGGGAUCGAUUCGCGAUCCGGUGAAGACGAUUGAAAGAGGUAUUGCUUUGACUCGCGGAGUAUCUGGAAACCGGACCUUGUAUUUGCGUGAAGGUGAGUACUAUAUGUCCAAGCCUCUUCUGCUUACUCAAAUCGACGAUGACCUCACCAUCUCUUCCUAUAACAACGAGAAGGUGGUGCUUUCUGGAGCCAAGGAGGUGAAGGUGGAUUGGAAGCCAUACCGUGUUGGAGAAUUUGAUAUCUUCCAGGGAAAGGAUGCCGUCGUGGAUAUUAAGCCUGCUCCCGGCGCUGGAGUUGCUGGACGUGUGAAGUUCGCUGGAAAGGUUCCUUCUUUGGAAGAGUGCCAAGAGCUCUGCGCGAAGGAUGAGGAGUGCACUGGGUUCACGUGGUACGAGAAGGAGGGAGACUAUUUCAAUCAGUGCUUCAGCAUCAUCGAUGGAGAGUUCCGCACUGUGGAUUCUUCCACUGCUAUUUCGGGUGUGAAGCUGAACAUUUAUGUGGCAGACCUGUCUGAGAUCGACUUUGACGAGGAGAAGUUCACCUCGCUCUUUAUCAAUGGCAAGCGUCAGAUUCUCGCUCGUUAUCCCAAUGGAAAUCCCGAGUAUACGGGUUACCACACUGAAAACACGGGCUUCGCUAGUGCUGGAGAUGGCCAGUGGAAGGCAACGCGCAAGUUCCCUCCAGGCUACGAAAUCCACAUGGAUAAGCCAUCGCUUGAGCACGCAUUGUACACCAACUACCAAAUUGCCCUUGAGGGACCUGCCGUCCAGUGGACGCCAGCCAUUUCCUACUGGGCGUUAGCGCAUCCGAUUGGUGGCGGAGGCUGCACCUAUGCGAUCCCCACGGGAAUUGACGUGGCCACCCAAAACUGGUCUCCUCGUGAGUGGAAGCAUCCCAACGGCGCCAUCUUCCAUGCUUUCCAGGGAGGAUACUGGGGCUUCUGGAUGUUUGAGGUGGACAAUUAUGAGCGAAAGGACGGAAAGAUUAGCUUGGGAUGGACGAAGGGAGGCUUCCAGGAGUGUCGUGGAAGUACUCACGGAGGAGCUUUCUUCAUAGAAAACGUUCUGGAGGAGCUGGAUGCUCCCGGAGAAUAUUUCUACGAUAAGGAGGCGAAGAAGCUUUAUCUCUAUCCCAACGGAACGAUUAGUGAUAUGUCGCUCAUCCAUCUUUCUCAGCAGGAGAACCUGAUCGAGAUUCGUGGAACUUCCAAUCUUCCGGUCAAGAACAUUCACAUUCACGGACUCACCUUCUCGUACACGCGCAACACCUACAUGGAACAGUUUGAGGUUCCUUCAGGAGGUGACUGGGCUCUACAUCGUGCUGGCUGCAUCUUUGUUGAUGGCGCUGAGAAUAUUCGCAUCAGCUAUAACAUCUUCAGAAACAAUGGUAACAACAACAUCUUCUUUGCUAAUCACGUUACCUAUUCUACGAUUGAGUACAACGAGUUCGUCUAUGGCAGUGAUAGCGGUAUUCUCUUUAUUGGAAGCACCAAUCUCAUGGAUGGAACGCAGGAGACGCAUCCUCACGACAACGUUAUUCAGCACAAUCUCUUGCAUGAAUUGGGUCUCUACAACAAGCAGUCUUCUCCUUUCAUGCAAUCGAAAACGGCUCGAACCAUUUGGCGUGACAACAUUUUCUUCAACGUGCCGCGCGCUGGAAUUAACAUCAACGAUGCCUUUGGAGGAGGCAACCUGAUUGAGAGAUCUCUCAUGUUCAACACUGUUCGUGAAACUGCUGAUCAUGUGGGUGGUUUUACGAACUGGGGUUAUUUUGUAGGGUCCUGUGAAUACCUGGGAUCGUAUGCCGUUCAUCACGCUCUAUGA